AUGAGGUGGAUUCUUUCUUUUCUGUUGCUGGGCUUGCUCAGUGCCGUCUCAGCUUUGAGUGCUGGCGGAAACAAAUUAUUAGUUGUAUUGGAGGAAUUGUCUGAGAAGUCGAAAUACUCGAAAUACUUUGGAGAUCUUGAAGCACGAGGAUAUAAAUUAACAUACGAUUCACCGAAAAACGAGAAAUUGGGACUUUUUGAAUUAGGAGAGCGCUCCUUCGACCAUCUACUCAUCUUGCCAUCCAAGUCAAAAGGUUUGGGACCAGCUUUGACACCAAAGCUCCUUCUUGACUUUAUUAACAAGGGCGGAAAUAUCCUAUUAACACUCUCAUCAUCUCACCCUACCCCCACUGCCCUUGUCUCAUUACUCUUGGAGCUCGACAUCCACCUUCCAACGGACCGCAAUUCUCUUGUUGUUGAUCACUUCAACUAUGAUACAUUGAGUGCUGCAGAGAAGCAUGACGUUGUUCUUCUGCCACGACCAGACGCUGUCAGACCAGAUGUUAAGAACUACUUCCGUGGAGAUGGCAAAGGCGGGGAAGUCAUUGCUUUCCCAAGAGCUGUUGGACAGACAUUGGGAAACACCAGUCCAUUAUUGACUCCACUACUCCGAGCUCCAAGAACCGCAUACUCUUACAACCCCAAGGAGGAUAUCGAGGGUGUAGAAGACCCAUUUGCCGUUGGACAACAAUUAUCACUCAUUACCACCAUGCAAGCUAGAAACUCUGCUAGAUUCACAGUUAUUGGGUCAUCAGAGAUUCUUGAGGACACAUGGUUCGAUGCUAAGGUCAAGCGUAGCAUUGGAAUGGGAGGUGUUGGAUCUGACGCCAAGGAGACCAAAACUGCCAACCAAGAAUUCUCGAAAGAGGUUACCGGCUGGACCUUCAAAGAAAUUGGAGUCCUUAAGGUUGGAAGCAUCAAGCAUUACCUUCAUGAAAAUGGUGUCAAGAGCAAUGACACCAACCCAAAGAUCUACAGAAUUAAGAACGAUGUGACAUACGAAAUCGAGCUUUCUGAGUAUUCAUGGGACAAAUGGGUUCCAUUUACCCCACCAACUGGAGACUCCCUCCAACUCGAAUUCUCUAUGCUUUCACCAUUCCAUCGUCUUGUGCUUAAGCCAUCAACUAGCACUCCCGAGUCUCAAACAUAUACCACAAGCUUCAAGCUUCCAGAUCAACACGGUAUCUUUAACUUCAAGGUCAACUACAAGCGCCCAUUCUUCACCACUAUCGAGGAAAAGAACACCGUCACAGUAAGACACUUUGCCCACGACGAAUACACCAGAAGUUGGGCAAUCAGCAAUGCUUGGCCAUGGAUUGCCGGAAUCGGCGCCACAGUUACAGGAUGGGUUGCAUUCGUUGCUCUUUGGUUAUGGAGUAAGCCUGUACCAGUGAAGUUGGCGACUAGUGGAAAGAAGAUUCAGUGA